CGUCAAGGGGGUGGGGUUAGCCCUCCGCCGCAGAGGUCAGGAUCGCUGCUUCUCCUGCACGUGGAAGUCUCCGCUAUUUUCCCGCUCUCAAAGGCAGCGCUGCCUCUUUUUCCCGCGCGGUCUGCUCCUCUAGUUCACCUAGGAUAAUGGCGACAGCCGAAGUACUGAACAUCGGGAAGAAACUCUAUGAGGGUAAAACAAAAGAAGUCUAUGAAUUGAUAGAUAAUCCAGGAAAAGUCCUCCUGCAGUCUAAGGACCAGAUUACAGCAGGAAAUGCAGCCAGAAAGAACCACCUGGAAGGCAAAGCUGCAAUCUCCAAUAAGAUCACCAGCUGCAUAUUUCAGUUGUUACAGGAAGCUGGUAUAAAAACUGCCUUCACCAGGAAAGUUGGGGAGACUGCUUUCAUUGCACCUCAGUGUGAAAUGAUUCCAAUUGAAUGGGUCUGCCGAAGAAUAGCGACUGGCUCUUUUCUCAAGAGGAACCCUGGUGUGAAGGAGGGAUAUAAGUUUUAUCCACCGAAAGUAGAGAUGUUCUUCAAGGACGAUGCCAAUAAUGACCCACAGUGGUCUGAGGAGCAACUCAUCGCUGCAAAGUUUAGCUUUGCUGGGCUUCUUAUAGGGAAGACUGAAGUGGACAUCAUGAGUCAUGCCACACAAGCUAUUUUUGAAAUUCUGGAGAAAUCCUGGCUGCCCCAGAACUGUACGCUGGUUGAUAUGAAGAUUGAAUUUGGCGUUGAUGUAACCACCAAAGAAAUUGUUCUUGCCGAUGUCAUUGAUAAUGAUUCCUGGAGACUGUGGCCAUCAGGAGAUCGGAGCCAGCAGAAGGACAAACAGUGUUAUCGUGAUCUCAAAGAAGUAACUUCAGAAGGACUUCAGAUGGUGAAGAAAAACUUUGAGUGGGUUGCAGACCGAGUGGAGUUGCUUCUCAAGUCAGACAGUCAGUGCAGGGUGGUAGUGCUGAUGGGUUCAACCUCUGACCUUGCUCACUGUGAAAAAAUUAAGAAGGCUUGUGGAAACUUUGGGAUUCCGUGUGAACUUAGAGUAACAUCCGCGCAUAAAGGACCAGAUGAAACUUUGAGAAUUAAAGCAGAAUAUGAAGGGGAUGGCGUUCCUACUGUAUUUGUCGCAGUGGCAGGCAGAAGCAAUGGUCUAGGCCCAGUGAUGUCUGGUAACACUGCAUAUCCAGUUAUCAGCUGUCCCCCAGUCACACCAGACUGGGGUGCUCAGGAUGUGUGGUCAUCUCUUCGACUGCCCAGUGGUCUUGGCUGUUCAACUAUACUUUCUCCAGAAGGAUCAGCCCAGUUUGCUGCUCAGAUAUUUGGGUUAAACAACCAUUUGGUGUGGGCCAAACUUCGAGCGAGCAUAUUGAACACAUGGAUAUCCUUAAAGCAGGCUGAUAAGAAAAUCAGAGAAUGCAAUUUGUAAAAAAAAAAAAAAAGCAAUUUAAUUUUUAGGAGAAUAGUUACAUAUUCCUAGUUUUGAUUUAAAGAAAAAUCAAGCAAAAUGAUUUCAUAUAAGAGAAAACCAUUCACUUUACUAAUUGAACAAAUGGUCCACAAUGUUCCUGAGUCAGCACAUUGUCAGUGCAUAUUAUUAAUAUUUUCUAGCCUUACAUAGUGAUAGGUCCCUGUGACCUUAGCACACCAGAGGCUGAGGCCGCAGGAUCAAGGCUACCCUGAACUGUGUAUUGAGACUCUAUGCUUCCCUGGGAAGGAAUCUUUAUAGUUAGUACAUCCCAUCCUCUGUGUAGUCACUGUUGGUUAGUAUGUCAUUAUGGAACUGGAGUGAUGUGUCUGCAGCUCAAGAACCAGUAGGGCUCUCUUGUAGACAGCCUGAGCUUGGUUUCCAGCAUGUAUGUAGACGGCCUCACAGUAAAUAACCUUUAGUCGGGGACCCUGACCCCAUGGCUUCCUUAUGCACCCGCUCUCAAAUAAUAUCCCAUUCCCCCACCCAACACACAGAAUUUUAAAAAAUAAAGUUUUUAAAAGAGUAUUGUUUCUAAA